UUCUUUAGUCGGAUUAGUUUGAUCUUAUUUAUAAUUUUAUUAUUAUUAUUCUAAACAUUGUAUAAGAUAUAACCAUGGACUCUUCUUCAAUAGUCAGCUUCAACAACGAUUCAACGUACCAGACAACAAUCAAAGCCGAUUAUAACAAUGUUAGUGUUCAUGAAUUAGCGCUUCAUGCUAUGCGAGAUAGGUGCUUGUUGCUUCAACGUAGAAUAAAUACUCUCGAAACUGAUAACAUGCGACUAAAACUUGACACAACGAAAGCUAGAGAUAAAUCACCUUAUACGCCUUUGCAAGAAGAUGAAAAACUGUCCUUACAAUUAAAAAUUGCAGAACUAAAAAAACAAAAGUCUCAGUUACUUCAUCACGUAUUUAUGGUUUCUUGUGAAAACAAAAAUUUGUGGAAUAAGUUAUCCUCUUUAAAAGGUUCAGAUAAAGCAAUAAAUGAUCAUACCAAACAACCUCUAGUUCGUACUAACACCUAUAUUCAUAGUACUCCUAAAUAUAAUUCUCAAUCUCAAGAAAAAUAUUCAGAUUCAAGUUUAGAAGAAAUAUCUUUGAAAUUAAUAAAUAGUUACAUUCAAGAAAAGUCACAAUUAGUAGAGCAAUAUGAACAGAUGGCUCAGCUUCAAGACGAAGAUGAUAAUAUUUUGAAUGUGGAUUCUAUAGGAUUUACUUAUAUGGAAGACCCUGCUACAGAUUCACUUAAGGAAAUUCAUAGCCAAACUGAAAAAUUACAAAGUCUCAAAAAAGAACUAUCUCAACAAGAAAAAGAUUUAAAAAUUGUUGUCUCAAGAAUAGAAACUCUAAUGAAAGAUGGCCUCAAUUGCCCAACGUGUCUAGAAAAUAAAUCAAAAACAAGUUAUGCAAAUAAAGAAACAGAGACAAGUGAAAGUCUUUUAUAUGAAAAACAAUUGAAUUCAAUUUCAUAUAACAAUGAUUUUGAAGAUGAAAAUACAUCCAUAAAUAAAAUAAGUUCUGCACAAGAAAUCAAUUCAGAACCAUAUGACAAGAUGUGUCCUAUGUGUGGAGAAAAAUUUCAAAAGGAAACCGUUUUUACAGAUUUUCAAUCACAUGUAGAGAGUCAUUUUGUUGGUAAUGAUAAUGAAGCUGAUUCUAUAGAUAACUUAGAUACUUUACCUGAUUCAUUUGAUAAUAUUAUUUAAAAACUCCAUAUAAAGUAUAUGUAUUUGUAUUGUUUUAAUUUGUAAAUAACUGCUUAAUUUAUAUUUUACAUAAAAAUUACAAAUUAUUAAUAAACUAUUCUAGUAAGGGAAUUUGUAUGUCUGCAUUAUUUUUAAUAACAGGUUUUGAAUUUCCAUUAUUAUGAAUAUUUGAAAAUACUCAUGCCUGGAAAAAGGUUGGCUUAAAAGGAAUAUUUUUAAAAAUGAAAUAAAUAGCAUGUUAUAUCUGGUUCUAGAAUACAUUAUUUAUUGACUUUCUAAACUUAUAAUAAAAGACAAACCUAAGCUAAGUCAGUAGGUUUCACAUCUUUAGAAUCUGAAGGCUGCUGGGUUGUUUUCUGCAGAAGAUUCUUACUAAACCAUUGUGGUCUUUCUUUUUUCAUUUCAACAAUUCUCUUUCCUUGCCAGAAUUCUUUAGUCUAUAAUAGAAUGAAAAAAAAAAUGUUUACAAAA